CUAUGCAGUGUUUCGUUUAGAAAUAACUCAAAGCCAGAAAGAAAGCAGGGCAUUGCGGAGGAAACUACAGCUACUGGAACUGAAGGUGUCACGGGAGCGCGCAGAGAGGACAAUGCGAGAGCGCGUCCUCGUCAGUCGUCCCAAAAGUGUCAAGAUCCUUGACCAAUACAGAGGAAUGGCAAGAGGACAUCUCACUGGAGGACACAGGAGCUUUGCUAAGCCAGCGGGGCACGAUACAUGGGGAGAUGACCAACCAAUCACUGUUGAUGAGGGGAGUGGAACCUCAACCCAGCACGUUAUUGUGAUAGAGUCUGCAGAUGCAGAGUCUGCAGGUCCUGAAGGAUCAUCUCUGGUCAAGGAGGAGAAGUCUGAAGGAGAGGAGGACCCAAGGCACAGCAGAGACAUCCAGACUGGAGCAGCGGCUGGAGUGGUGUCCCCUGUAGCCACCGCGCCCCAGGCCAGGACCCGAUGCAGCAUCACGGAGGUCAGUGGAACGCCGAACGCCGUCCUCAAGUCAGAAACAGACACAGAGACUUUAACACAAAGGCUUUUAGACACAGGACCUGCCCACAGGUCAGACCCAGAGAGACUGUUGGUGGGGCCACUGGGCUGUCCUCCUGCUCCCGGCUCAGAGUAUUUACUUUACGGUAACCCGAGCCCAAGGACGGUUCAUUCCCAUCCGGACUCAGGUGACGCGUUAGAGAAUGGAAAUGAUCCGUCUUGUUCUUACACUACAGAGAUGGACCCUGGCAACAUAUCCUUGGGUUUAGAGACACAGACUGAUCUGUCUAGAGGGGACUGGAACCGGUACAGUAGUAGUGUAUACUCUGAAGGGUGCUUAGAUAAGAAAGGGGAGGUUAUAGUGGUAGAUGAAGUGACUGUGAAAGUGGAGGGCCACGUUCCUCCCACAUGGAAUGCAGAUAGUCACCUAGGAGACAGACACUCACAGGGCAGAGAUUUCUUAGGUUACAGGGAAAGCUUGGAGAAAAAUCUAAAUGUCACGACCCACUCCCCUUUUCAUGCGCUCUGGGAUCGCGACCCAGUGUCCACGUCAAUGGAGCCUUCCGAUUCACACGGCCGCGUCCUUUUCGAUCAGGUAUUGAACUCAAACGACAGAGCUAGAGCCCAGGUUCAGGGAGGGGGAGCCACAUCAGGCAAUAGUAAAGAGAAACGGUUCCUCUGCAUGUCCUGUAAAAAAGGCUUCAGGUGCCCCCAGACGCUGGAGAUCCACCAGAGAGUCCACACAGGGGAGAAACCCUACAGCUGCCCCCAGUGUCACAUGCGCUUCACCCAGGCUAGCAGCCUGAAGAGGCACGUGAAGGGCCACACGGGAGAAAGACCGUUCGCCUGUACGCACUGCGGGAAGAGGUUCUCAGAGAGGAGCUACCUCAGGAUACACCAGCAGAAAAACCAUUCCCAUUCCACAAAAUAAAAACCAUUCCAAUGUAUAGCUUAUUAAGUUUAGAACAAAUCCUGCAUUAAAGAAAGAUGAAUUUUUAUUGUUGUCAGCAGAAAAUAUUCACAGAUGCAUUUGGAAUAACGAGAGUAACAGACUUCAGUGUUGAAGAUUCCUGGGUAGAAUAUUUUAUCCAGACAUUGUGUGAUAUAUAAGGCAUAUAUAAGCCUAAAAAGUCUGUUACAUAUUGUGUUUGUACUGUGUAGGCUAUAAUGAUGUUCACAAAUGCCUCUUUCAUUACUUCCAUUCAACUUUUUCCCACAACAUGCUUUUAAUGAGAGAAUGAAUGCAGUUUAUCAAGUUAAUGCAGAUUUUUAGUUGAGACGUGUAUGUGUGGUUUUCAUAUGGUGUAUUUAAAACUUGUUUGUUUAAUAAACACAAAAUGGGACAUUUCA